CACUGUUCGCAUUUGUUGCCGUGAUUUGCGUUUGCGCCAUAUUUGCGGCAAAAGUCAUUGUUUCUAUCAAUAAUUAUGGCUGAUACAGAGCAGAAUCCGUCUAAAAAGAAAAUAAGUGAAUUGCGUGUAAUAGAUCUUAGAACGGAGCUAGAAAAGCGAGGACUUGAUAAAACUGGUGUGAAAACCGCUCUUGUCGAAAGGCUAUCUAAGGCUCUUCAAGAUGAAGGAAAAGAUCCCGAAGAUUAUUUGUUUGACAUUGCCAUGGAAAAGACCCCUGUAAAAGCUCCUAUAAAACGUUCUAGCAGAAAACUUAAAGAAACUGAUAAUGAGGAAGAUGAGGAAGAAGAAGAAAAGCAGACAAAGGAGGAGGAAGAAGAGAAGAAAGAAUUAAAUGAAGACUCCAAAGAUGUUGAAAAGGAAAACAAGAAAAAGGACAAUGAAACUGAAAUUCCACAAAAUGUUCAAUGCAUUGGGAGUGACACAGAAGAUGGUGCAAGUAAAGGAUCAAUGAAUGUGACCCUUUCUCCACCUAAGCCAGAAACUUCACCUGUAAUAGCUCCACUUACAGUAGAAGAUGUAAUAAAAUUAGAUGUUUCUUCUAAAUUCAGAGCUACAGAUAAUGAUUCAUUAAUUGUUCAUCCCGACGAAACACAAAGUGACAUUGAUUCGUCAGUUAUUGAUGAGCCAAUGCAAGAAAUGACAGAAAAUUCAGCGCCAACUGAAGUAGAAGAUAUGUCUGCAGAGGCCAAGGACUCUGAGAAAAUGGACAGCAAAGAUUCCUCUGAAGAGGUGGUUAAAAGUGAUGAUGCUAAUGCAAUAAAUAAUUCAUCAGAGAAUGCAGAAAAUGCUGCAACAGAAGCAUCAUCUGAGGUCACCAAGUCCAAGAGUGAUAAUUCCAAUGAAACAAGUGAAUCUAAAAACUUUGCAGACAGUAACAGUUCAGAAACAGUGGGGCAGAAAGUAGGAAGCGUGAACAACUCUUUUUUCCGCCUUACAAAAGCUUUUAAUAGAAACAGAAAAGCAGAAAAAACAGAUGCUGCUCCAAAAUCAGAAGAAAAAACUCCAGCCAAAAAUGAAAAUGUUAAGAGAGUUGCAGCUAGUGGAAAAAACCUGUGGGUUAGUGGGCUUGCUGAAAAAACUAGAGCUAACGAUUUAAAAGUGCUUUUCAACAAAUAUGGAAAAGUCUCUGGUGCAAAAAUCGUUACAAAUGCUAGAACACCUGGUGCUCGAUGCUAUGGCUUUAUCACUAUGGCCACUAGUGAAGAAGCACUCGUAUGCAUUGAAAAGUUGAAUCAUACUGAACUUCAUGGAAGAAUCAUCACAGUUGAGAAGACAACACGUGAACCAAGUGGUACUAUUAAAAGAGCAGAGUUAAAAGCCAUGCAAAGCAAGUCAGCUCAGAAAAAACUUGACAAAGAAAAUGUAAAUGUUACACCGAAAAAAGCUGUAGAAGGUACGGAAGGGAAGAAAGGUGAUGAAACAAAAACACCUGAAAAACUGAAAAGUGAGAAAAAAACUGGUGAAAAAAAAUCUAGUGAAAAAGCAAAGUCUGAAAAAGAAACAGCAGAGGAAAAGAAUAAAGAUCAAAGUGAAGAGAAGAAAGAAGGUUCUGUGGAAAGAAAGGAUGGAAAAAAACGAACACCGUCCAAGGAAAGAGAGCAUCGUUCACGUGACAGAUCUAGGGAACAUAAAAGGUUUAAAGGAAGAAGAUCUCGGAGCAGAAGUAGAGAAAGAAUGAGGUUCCGUGGUGGUUACUUCAGACGUGGGUUUGGUAGAGGCUUUGGCACUCGUCGCCCUUUUAUAUCUUCUAGGCGUUUUAUUGAACGUGGCCAUCGAGAGAGAGAAAGAUCUCGAGAGCGUGAUUUUGAUCGUCGAAGAUUUUCAGAUAUGAGGCAGAAAGAAAUUGAAAGGAAGAAUAGAGAAGAAUCUAUUCGUCUUGAGCGAGAAAGAGAAAGAUUAAGGAUUGAAAGGGAGAAGCUUGAAAGAGAAAGAGCAGAAGUGUUGAGACUUGAACGAGAAAAACAGCGAUUUGAAAGAGAGAGACUUGAGAGAGAAAAGGCAGAACUCAGGAAGCGAACUCAAAUGACACUUGAAGAUCGUCGAGGAUCUAAGAGAAUAUUCGAUGGACCACGUAAGGACGAUGGGUAUUGGGAUGAAAGGAAACGUCGACGUGAGUCUUCUUUGGAACCUCCUAACAGCUUUGGCGACUUUGGCAGAGAUCGCAGCUUUACUGACAGGAGGUCAGAUAGGUUUGAAGCUCGAUCUAAAGGCGGAGAUGUUUCCCCUACUUUUAGCAGAAGAGACAGACACGGCGAAGAGGACAGGGGAUCCUUUCGUGGGAGCAGAAAUGCGAGAGAUGUUCCCGAAAGGGGAGACUGGAAGAGUAAAGGGAAUCGGGAGCGAAACUUCGACAGAUCCGGUCGGGCGUCCUUCGACAGGGGCCGCACUUUCGAUCGGCCCCACCCUUGGGAGAGCACUGACUCUAACCGAGAUCAAAAUAAGUUUCCUAACGUAGCCCCAAUGGCUGGCAACUCUCAGUGGGCUCCGGUGAGCAAAAACGAAAACUGGGGUCGUAUGGAUCAGCCGGAGCAAGAGCGUUGGGGUACCAUGGACCACUCCAGGACACAGCCUGGAAUGAACAUAGGACCACCCGGCAUGGGACCCCCCGCUCAAAUGGGAAUGUUCCCCCCCGGGAGUGAAAUGAUGAAUCCUAUGCCCGGACAUUUUCCUGUAGACCGAUUCAAUACCAACAUGCUGAGGAGGUUUUAGUGAAAGUAUUUUAAGCCUAUGCCUGUGAAAAAAAUUGGACAUUUUCUAAGAUUUUUUUUUUGUGUUCAUAUGUUGUGACUUGUAUAGUUGGAUAUUGUUUGUAUUUUAAAACUUAGAUCAUAUUCAUUCAAUUAUUAUUACUGGUAAUGACACAUUGGCCAUCAUUCAUGAACUAUCAACACAACUAUUGGCCUUUUCACUUAAUUUAGUGUUGCCUGUUACAUUUUAAUUUUCUCAUGUCAUAAGGAAGUUUUUUUUUUAAUUCCAACUCUGUUAUACCUUAAUUUUCAGACAUUUUAUUUGACAAUAAAUUGACGGUUUUACUUUCAAAGCAUAAUCAUUUAUUUGUACAUCAAUUCAAUUUUGUUGUAUACCUUAUUGUUCAGAAUAAAUUUUGAAAGUAAUUU